AUGACAAUCCAGCCUCUGCCGGAGAAGACAAGCCGCCACAUCAUCUCUUCGCUUGCCCUUAACGACGCCAAAUCUGUCGUCAAAGAGCUGGUCGACAACGCCCUUGACGCCCGUGCCUCCGCCAUCAACAUCGAGAUCUCCGCCAAUACUCUGGAUGUCAUUCAGGUUAAGGACAAUGGCACGGGUAUUGGGGUGGAGGACAGACAGCUCCUCUGUAGACGAGGAUGUACAUCCAAGAUCAGAACCAUGGACGACCUCAGUCGACUGGGAGGCACAUUCCUAGGAUUUCGAGGAGAGGCGCUCGCCAGCAUGGCCGAACUCAGUCAAGCCGUGAUCGUCACUACUCGGGUAGACGGCGAGACUGCUGGGACAUCUUUGAAAUACGGUGUCUCGGGAAUGCUCAGCUCCUCCUCGGCAUCCCAUCCUGUCGGGACUACAAUGCGUAUACAAAAUUUCCUUGCGAACAUUCCUGUAAGAAAACAAACUGCACUGAAGAGCACCGGCAAGACCUUGCAAGCUAUAAAAGCAGUACUUCUUGCGUUCGCCUUUGCUAGGCCAGACGUUCGCUUCUCCUUGAAGGUUCUCAGAGGCAAGAAUGACAAGAUGAACUGGACGUAUGCUGCAAACUCAAGUGACAAUUUGACCGAAGUUGGUGCAAAGAUCGUGGGGAAGGAUGUUGCUUCUCAAUGCACAGCAUUCAGUAUUUCAUCAUCUGAUCCAGAUGUUGACAUUGAAGAAGGGUGGGAAAUUGAUGCUCUUCUGAUCUCUCCAGAUGUGGACAAAGUACGCAUCAGUCACCAGUACAUUUCUAUCGACGGCAGGCCCGUGAGCCGUGACCGCAAGACGAUGAAAGACAUUGUGAAGACUUAUAAGCACCAUUUACAACAGACAAUCGGCUGUCCAAAAAUGUCUCAUAUUUCCAAACCGUUCCUCGCCAUGCGUAUCCGAUGCCCUCCCGAGAGCUAUGACGUGAAUAUUGAACCAGCAAAAGAUGAAGUACUUUUCGGUCGACCUGAUUUAUUGUUAUCACUUGUGGAGAAGCUAUUUCAGAGAGCCUACGGAACUUCUGAAAUCCAGGCGAACGAACCUCAGAGAUUGAGGACAAACUCUGAAACUGCCUUCGAUGUCCACAACAACCCUUUCGCGGCUGAUCUGGAUGACUUAGAGAUCCUCGAGACUCCUGUACGGCACAACAACCGGGCCGAAUCAAUAGAGAUCGAAGAUGAGCUCACACGAAAACCAGCCUUCGUGAACCCCUUCAUUAUUGCUGCAAUGAACGCAAAAGUGGGCCCAAAGAAAAUGGAGGCCGUCGGACAGGAUAACACACCUUUGCUCAACUCGACUGCGUUGCCAGGUCGACUCUCGAUAGUAUCGAACGAUUCAGAACGAGUCAUAGGGAAUUCGCAUAGAACCCCGCUGGGAUUGGAGGCACAUCUGCCCUCACCUAGUGCCUCUGAGUCGAGUCCAACAAAGAAAAACAACCUCAGGCCAGGCACGACGCGACGAGCAUCCGAUGGUGAACCUACGGAAGACGAGGAGGUACUCGCGCGAGAGCAAGAUUGUGAUAUCCAAGUUUUACAGAGGAAUCCGACCGGUCUACGAACAUGGCUUACGCCGGACUCUGCUGUGCGUAUCCCUCGUAAGGAAGGUGCCUCGAAUCGGAUUCGCCCAGCAGAAGCUGACUCUAGGGUGCUCCCCUUCGAGCCAUUGCAGAGUCCACUUGAAUCUCGACCGAAACCGAACCUUUCUAUCGGGAGCCCUCACAGUGGCUUCCAAUGGGGCCCGGGACAGAAACCUUUCAGAUCUCCCUUAAUGACCCUUCCUCACAAGCAUUAUUCGCAGGUGGCUCGUCGCGAGCUUCGCGCUGAUGGUGCAAAUCAGGCUGGUCCGCAUGAGAGCCAGCAGGAUCAUGGCCCUUCUGAAUCGAACACAGACCUUCACCGAGACGAUGUCUCUCAUCGGCGUCUGUCAUUGGUAUCAAGCCACCCAAAAACCUCUUCUGCCUCGAACACCGAGUUGAGCGAUAUCAUGGACUUUGAGUAUCGCAAGAAAGCUGCCAUAGCCCACCAAAGACGACUUGCAGGAGGCCUCCAGCAGGCAUCUCUCAAGGAGAUACUUGGCAGAUCAUCACAAACUCCGGGUUUGCCUCGUUCAGCAGAGUCAAACGACUCUUCGACCACCGAAUCUCAAGAUUACGCCACCAGAUUCAGCCCUAGUCAACUGCCGGCUCCUACCUCAACAGGCUCAAAUCCUCACCGAAACCGAUAUCAAGCUGCACUCCGAGGUCUAGCUCAUUCUCAUUGCCAUCCAAACGAGCCCUCGGCCGAGGGCAACGAUCCACCUUCGGAAACCCUUACAACUGCCGCGGAAACCAGUCCUCCCGGGUUCGCCAAAGACGAUCCAAGAGCAUACUUCAUACGGCAGCGUCGACAAAGCGGCAAUUCCAAAUUCUACCGGACAAAGUCGUCACGGCUUCCGCUUGAAUCGAUACCCGGGGAUGCCGUGACUAUGCAUCUCGUCCUGACAACUGGGAUAUUCGAGAACAUGGCAGCCUUGAAAAGACAAUUGCAGGUCCUUGCCGCUUCCGAUCGAUACGUCACGCACGGCGAGAUUGAAUAUACAGACUUAUCUGACACCCCAGUGUCCAAUGACUGGGAAUCUAUCCUGCGCGAGAUGGUCAAGACGAAGUACCGCUAUAAAGCUGAAGACGGCAGGGCGCUGGUGCCGCAUUUGAAGAUUGCAAUCUCGAAAUCUGUCGAAUAA